UCAACAAGAUGGAUUUCAGCUCGCUCCUCACCUUUAACACUGUGACAGUGGCCAUUGUUGUGGUACUGUUAAUCCUGUUAGUUAGUCGGUCACUACAAUGGCCGGCCAAUAUCCCGCCUGGUCCAACUGGAUACCCUGUUGUAGGAAAUAUGCUUUUAUUUCGGAAGGGAAAUGCAUUGGAUAUAUUUAGAAAACUUCGAGAACAAUAUGGCGACGUAUACAGUUUAAAGAUUGGAGUAAAUCUCAAUGUGGUUAUCAAUGGAUCUGAUGCAUUAAAAGAAGCUUUCAUAAAACAUGGGGAUGAUUUCUCCGAUCGACCAGAAAACUUCUUUCCAGCACUUAUGUUAAAGAAUAAAGGUAUUGUCUUCUCUUCGGGUGAAUAUUGGAAACAAACAAGGACAUUUGCUUUGUCGACACUUCGGAACUUUGGAUUUGGAAAAAGAUCGUUGGAAUCCAGAGUACAAGAGGAAAUAGCGGCAUAUCUAGAUAUUCUCGAACAACAGAACGGACAACCUUACGACAUAAAGGAACUGACAACCAUGGCCAUAUCAAAUAUCAUAUGUAGUAUUAUGUUUGGAAACAGAUUUAAUUACAAUGAUGCAAAAUUCAAGCGUAUAACGUCUCUUUUUGCCGAAAAUGUUCGCCUAAAUUCAUUAGGAGGGGCCGUCCGAUCUCUUCCAUUCUUAAGAUUCCUUCCAGGCGAUAUGUUUAGUAUGAAAAAAAUGACUCAAAAUUUGGAGGAUAUCAAAGGUUUUGUCGAUGAGCAAAUAUCACAACACCGAAAAACGUUCGAAGAAGAAAAUCAACGGGAUUUCAUCGAUGCAUUUCUAAGUCAGCAAAACAAACGGGAUAAAGACGAUACGAUAUUUGAUGAUGUGAAUUUAGCAGCUUCCGUUAUCAAUUUAUUUUUUGCUGGGACUGACACAACAUCUACCAUGAUCCGCUGGGCGAUAAUUUACCUCAUUCGUGACAAACCCAUCCAGGACAAACUUCGUCAGGAGAUAGUGAGAGAAGCCGGAACUUCCAGACUUCCAUCACUUGCCAAUAAAUCCGACAUGCCAUAUUAUGAAGCGUUCAUAACGGAAGUUUUCCGUGUAGGCAACAUAGCUCCCCUCUCGUUGCCUCACGGGGCCUGGAAGGAUAUCCGGUUCCGGGGCAUGGUCAUCCCAAAAGGGUCAAUUCUUAUACCAAAUCUUGACUCCGUUUUGACAAAUCCGGACCUCUUUGAAAAUCCUGAUACUUUCAAUCCGGAGAGAUAUCUAGGAAAGGAUGGGCAACUCAACGGAAAGGAAAAGACUGUGAUCACAUUUUCGCUAGGGCGGCGAAUCUGUCCCGGAGAAUCUCUGGCGAGGAUGGAGCUAUUUUUGUUUAUGACGGCAUUACUGCAAAGGUUCGAAUUUCUUCCGGAAAGUCCAGACAAACUUCCAUCAAUUGACGGGAUUUUGGGAUUGGUGCGGGUGUCGAAGGACUACAAAUGUCGCGUUGUCAAGCUCAAAUAAACAUGUACAUUUUGUUAAUAACCCGGAUGUUGUAACAACCAUGAUUUCACUUCCCAUAACAGUACACGUUUAUCACACGGUAAAUGUAUGUAUAAAUAUAUGCAAUGAAGAAACUCUAAAAUCACUGUAAUCGGUAUGUAUUUUACACAAAACACGUAUCUUAAUUGCUGCACCUGCCAGACAAUUGACACUUCUUAUCAAAUAAAUAUAAACAUCGUAGGAAUUACUGAGCAUUAUAGGCUACAUUACCCGUAGUCCGUGUUUCCUCUGGUCCUGACACCAUGUCUGGUGUAGGGCCAGGCGUACUGCUAUAUGGAAACGUGGAAUUCUUCGACACCGUUAAUUUGGUGUCGCUAAGAUUUUGGUUAAGCUAAAAUGAAAUCGGGCGUGACAUAACAUCUACCUUACAUAUAUGGAUAAAUAAGAUAGUUGUUUACCUAAAAACACCCAUUUAGUCCCAUAUCGCUAUUCGCUAGUCAAAAUUUUACACUUGACGCCAUAUUGCAAAAUAUGUACAGUGUAGGUCGAGGUCGUUCUAGUCACUGAAACUGACAUGAAGAUAUUUCACCUUAAAUUUACCUCAAGUUGACAUGAUUUUUUCUUCAUGCGAAAAUGACCUAUUUUCAGGUUAGUUUUAUAUCAAAGAUUUUUUCAUGUCAAAUUUACAUUUUACCUGUGUAACAUUAUGGUGUGAGGACACUAUAUAAUUCGGAUUAAAGACGUUUGGUUUAUAUUUG